AUGGAAGCCAAAAUUUACAUUAACGAUUCUGGUAAUGCAGAUUUAUUAUCUAAUAAAAAAGAAGAACCAUCGAGAAAACUUCUAUGGGUUGAUAUCGGUCAUUUUUCUGAAUUAUGGCAAUUUUUAAUUUGUUCAUUUGUGGUGUUCAUUUUUUUUAUUCCGUAUGGAUACCUACAAGAAGCAAUAUUUGCAAUUAAAGGUUUUAAGCCAUUUGGAUGGUACUUGACUUUGGUGCAGUUUCUUAAUUAUUCAAUAUUUGGAUUAAUAGAAAGUCAAUUCAAUCGUACACAACGAAGGAUACCACUGGUCUUGUAUCUUUUAUUGGGACUGAUAUUAUUAGGUUCAAUGGGGUUUUCAAAUGCCUCACUUGGUUACUUAAAUUACCCGACACAAGUUAUAUUUAAGUGUUGUAAACUGAUACCAGUUAUGAUUGGUGGAAUAUUAGUACAGCAAAAAGUAUAUAAAGUUAUUGAUAUAGUAGCAGCAUCAUGUAUGUGUGCAGGAUUGAUAUUAUUUACUUUAGCUGACAAUAAAGUUUCACCAGAUUUCAAUCUUAUAGGUAUAAUUUUGAUAAGUUCUGCGUUAUUUUGUGAUGCACUUAUAGGUAAUUUUCAAGAAAAAAUGAUGAAAAAACAUAAUGCAUCCAAUGCAGAAAUUGUUUUAUAUUCCUAUUUAAUAGGAUUUGUAUAUUUGUUCUUUAUAUUGUUGGUGAGUGGACAGCUAAGAGAUGGGACAGAAUUCUGCAUUCAGAAUCCAGUGACUUAUAUAUACAUAUUUUUCUUUUCACUCUCUGGAUUUUUUGGAGUUCAAGCUGUACUUGCUUUAAUUAGAACUUGUGGGGCUUUAGUUGCUGUGACUGUGACUACGUGUCGGAAAGCUGUAACAAUAGUGAUAUCAUUUUUAUUGUUUUCAAAGCCAUUUACUUUUCAAUAUGUUUGGGCUGGAUCACUUAUUGUGUUAGGAAUUUAUUUAAAUGUUUUAGGAAAAACAAAUCAUUUUAACUUAAAAAUGUUUUUUAUGAACUCGAGUAAAAUAUUUGGAAAUAUAAGAAAACGAAGAAAAUCGCCAAUGAUAGUUUGA